AUGGAGGCACAGUCAGCACCAUCGUCCUCGACGGACCCCCGCGAGCCCGUCGUCCUCGAGCUCCGCGCCUCGAAGCAGGGCCGUCUGCACGGCAAGGCCUGGAAGUCGGACAAGGUCGCCACCCGCCGCAGCUACAUUUCUUCCGAGCUCAAGACACCCUUUGAGAAGCGCAUGGAGAAGAGCAAGGCGCACAAGGCUUUGCUGGCCGUUGAGCAGGAGAUGAAGGAGAGCGAGCAGGAGGCCAAGGACAGGAAAGUGACCCUCAUCCGCGAGCGUCGCGAGCGCCAGGCCGAGAAGCAGCGCAUGGAGGAGCGCGCGGCCAAGAUGUCGGCCAAGAGGCUCCAGCGUCUCAAGAAGGGCCGUUCGAAGAAGAUCAACGGAUAG